AUGUCCAACGUCUUAGAAUACACUCCAGUUGAUGAUAUUCCAUCAAUUGUCACCUCAUUGCACAAAUCAUUCCGUGCCAAUCCAAACAGAUCUUUAGAAUAUCGUUUAAACCAAUUACGGAACCUAUACUAUGCCAUAAAGGAUAAUGAAGAAUUAUUAGUGAGGGUAUUGAAAAAAGAUUUAAACAGACCUGAAGGUGACACUCAACUAUUAGAAAUAACUCCAUUAUACAUUGAAAUCUUGACCACCAUCAAUAAUUUAUCAAAAUGGAUGAAACCAACAUCUGCCAAAAAUGUUGAUUUACUAUAUUACUUCACUUCACCAAAAAUUGCAAAGAUUCCCCUAGGUACCGUUCUAAUCAUUGGUCCAUUCAACUUCCCAUAUUUGACAACCUUGGCUCCCUUAGUUGGCUCAAUCGCAGCUGGUAAUACAACAGUCUUUAAACAAUCUGAACAAAUCCCAUACACCUCACAAACUUUAGGAACGAUAUUGACAGAUGCCCUAGAUCCAAAAAUUUUUCAAAUCGUUCAAGGUGGUAUUGAAGAGACAACUGUGUUGUUGAAUCAAAAAUUUGACAAGAUCAUAUAUACAGGAUCGGGGAAAGUUGGUCGUAUCAUUGCUUCAAAAGCCGCUGAAACUUUAACACCAACUAUAUUAGAAUUAGGUGGGAAAUCUCCAGCUUUUGUUACACCAAGUGUUCAACCUAAAGAUUUGAAAACUGUUUGUAAAAGAAUUGCAUUCACUAGGUUCGCUAAUGCGGGACAAAUUUGUGUCUCCACGGAUUAUUGUAUUGUUCAUGAUUCCUUAUAUGAUGAAUUUGUUGAUAUGAUGAAAUUGGUUAUUAAAGAACUAUACGAUGUUGAUGAAACAAAUUCAACAAAAUUGGUUAACAAGAAUGCAUGGGAUCGUGUUAUGAAUAUAAUUAGAAACACUAAAAGUGAUGUUGUCCUUGGUGGUGAUGGUGAUCGUGAAGCUAGAUUCAUUCAACCAACUUUAUUAACAAAUGUCUCUUUUGAUGAUGCUUCUAUGAAGGAGGAAAUUUUCGGUCCUGUCUUGCCAGUUAUAAAAUAUUCAGAUUUACAACAUAGUAUUGAUAAUGUAUUGGAUAUUGCAGAUACCCCAUUAGCACUAUACAUAUAUUCCAAAUCUUCAAAAGAGAUUGAAACAAUAUCUUCACAAAUUAGAUCAGGUGCACUUGUUGUUAAUGAUGGUGUAAUCCACGGUGGGCUGGCAUGUGUCCCAUUCGGUGGUGUUGGAGAAUCUGGAUAUGGUUCAUAUCAUGGGAAAUGGUCAUUUGAUGCAUUUAGUCAUGAAAGAGCUGUCUUGAAAAAUCCAUUUUGGACUGAUAUCUUGUUUGAAUCGAAAUAUCCACCAAUCACCAAGAUGGAUUUGAAAUUGAAUUUGUGA